AUGUCUAGAUUUGGGGAAGAAAUGAUAAAUAUGAGACCUCUUUUCCUUUUGCUUCUUUUAGGAAUUGCUUUUUCUUUAGGAAGCGAUACACCGUUACUUGGAGAUACAGAUGGACCUUGGUCUUAUUUUGGGUAUACUGGGUACUCAGGAGAAGUAGUAAUAAACUCACUAACAGGGUCAUCUUAUUUCUAUUGGCUGUUUCAAGCAAUCAAAGGAAAUAUUUUGACUGACAAGCUUCCACUUAUACUGUGGUUUGAAGGUGGACCUGGCUGCACUGGAGAAAUAGGAAUAUUUUAUGAUAACAUUGGCCCUUUCCUUAUCAACAACCAGACUCAGCCUGUAAAUAACCCUCUUACCUGGAUAAAUAAUUUUCACGUCAUGACUAUUGAUUAUCCACUAGGAACCGGCUUUUCAUACGCUAACUCUCCAUCUGAUAUGACAAACACCACCACUUCUGCGUCAGCCCAACUUUACAAUUUACUUGUAAAGCUCGCCAAAAAAUAUCCUACUUGGUUCAAUAGAGAUAUUUAUAUUUUUGGAGAAAGCUAUGCUGGACAUUGAAUUCCUGGUAUUGCUUAUAAAAUUUUGAGCGAAAAUAAAAGUCCAAAUCCUCCUUAUAAAUUCAACUUAAAAGGUAUUGGGAUGGGAGAUCCGUGGGUUGACCCUCAAACCCAAACGCAGACAUAUUCAUAUUAUGGAUAUCAGACAGGGUUGAUUAAUCAAGAAGAAAAAUCGAUCAUUGCUCAAUAUGAAAGCACUGUUCUUGCAAUGAUGAAAGCUGGCAAUCUAACUCAAGCUAUGAACGAGACUGAUACGUCUGUUGAUUUGGUUGCGCAAUAUGCAGGCGGGGUUUCUAUUUAUAAUGUUAGAAUUUUUGAAUCCUACCCUACUCUAGGACAAUUCCCAGCUUGGUUAAAUUCGAAUUCAACUAAAACUCUACUUAGAGUUCCACAGAAUUUGGUAUGGGAAGAUUGCAACCCUGAAAUAAACACAGCAAUGGCAGUAGACGUUAUGACGUCGUUUAUUAAUUUAAUGCCUUAUAUAAUAGACAAUAUAAAGGUUGUUAUAUAUAGCGGGCAAGAUGAUUUAAUUUGCAACACAAUAGGACAGGAAUUGAUGAUUUCGAAAAUAAAUUGGCCUUAUAUUAAAGAAUUUAUGGGGUCGAUAAAAAGAGUAUGGAAAGUUAAUGGAGAAGUUGCUGGCUAUGCUCAAAGUUAUAAGAACCUAGCUGCCAUAUCAGUUAUGAAAUCUGGACAUAUGGUAGGGCACGACCAACCAUUACAUCUGAGAGAUUUAGUAAUAAGGUUUGUCAAUAAUCAAGGAUGGUAA